AUGAGAUGGAAAGCACUUGAAAAAGGUAAAAUAUUUGUAUGGCAAAAUCUAGAAGAUAUAUAUCUUACAGCAGAAGAUAUUCAGGAAUUACUUAAUAUUAAUAAUUCGCUACCUAACCAAAUUCCUUAUUGGAAAAAAAUGCAUAAUGAACUUAUUAAUAUGAUCAAACAAGUUGGUGCAGAUGGGUUAAUAUUUUUUACAUUUAGUGCAGCCGAUUUACAUUGGCCGGACCUUCACAACCUUAUGCCAAAUACUAGCAAUAAUAUAGAUAUUAGCUUAAUACAGGCUGCUCAAACACAAUAUGUGUUAAUACCGAAGUGGGGUCUUAGCAAUUAUUGGUAUCGAUACGAGUGGCAGCAUCGGGGAAGUACACAUGUACACGGUAUCGGAAAAGUUUCUAAUGCACCAGUUGUUGACUGGAAUGCUAUGCAACAGGAUGAAAAUUCAAUGAACAAUAUAAUUGCAUAUGUUAAUUCAAUUGUUACAGCCAUGAAUCCAAAUACAACAACAAUAUAUACCUCGGAACAACAUCCCUGUCAAAAAUCAUUAGACAAAUUAGUAGAUGAUUUUGAUAACUAUUGCCAAUUAGUCAAUAAAGUUCAAAAGCACACAAAAUGCUUAUCGUCUUGUCUUGUACUAAAUAAAAGGACAAAUUCAGAAGAAUGUCAGUUUGGCUAUCUGAAAGAAUUAUGUAAUUUUACUAUGUAUGUCAGCAAAUCAGAACUUCGAUCAGAUAUGUUUAAAGAAAUAUUUUCAAAUUAUCUUAAGAAUGUAAGAUCCGAUGAACCAGCUUUAAAAUCGAUUCAAAAGCUUCUAUUACAUACAAUAACUGAACGUAACUUUUCUGCCCAAGAAACAUCACAUCUUCUUCUUAAAUUACCAUUAGUUGUAUCAUCCUGCACAUUUUUUAUACUUAGUCUUAAUGAAGAUGGCGCAUUACUUCGUUUUGGGCCAGAAUGGAAAGAUUAUUGUAGAUUAAAGGUUCUUCUCCAUAUUCCUCAUCGAAGCAUAAAUGAUUUUUAUCAGGACAAUGCUAAUAUUGAUUGGAUUGAACUAUAUAAUCAGUUUUCUAUUGAAAUAGAACUUGAUGGAAAUGAUUUACUUGGUAAACCAAUGGAAAAUAAGGAAGACAGAGAAAGUAACGAUAACGAAUAUAAAAAACUUGAAGACGAUAAUACAUUGCUUCAAGAAUCUUGGAUGCAAAUAUCUACAAGGUGUUUAGAAGCUGCAACUGAUGAUCUUGGAGAACGCUUUAUUGACACUAAUAAUAUGUGGUCGGGAUCGUAUGAAAUAUUUCCGAAUCUUAGUGAAGCAGGAUUAUUUUUAGAGCUAGCUAAACGUAAUCAGAUCGAAAGCAAUUUUCAUAACAAUAAUGAUGAGGUUUUUAUUGAUCCAAGUACAUUAAAUGACAAACAAAAGGAAAUUUACAAUUAUGUAACUUUAUAUUAUUCUAAAACUUUAACAAAUUCAACCAACCAAUCAAUUGAGCCUUUACGUGCUAUUAUUAUGGGUACUGCUGGUACUGGUAAAUCCUAUGUAAUUAAGGCCAUUCGUAAUCGUAUAUUUGAAAUAGCACGAGAACAUAAAAUUGAUCCAAAGGAAGAACCACCUAUCUUAAUUCUCGCACCAACAGGUGUUGCAGCAUUUAAUAUAAAUGGUUGCACAAUUCAUUCAGCAUUCGUUAAAAUUAUUGUUUUUGAUGAAAAAAGCAUGAUUGAACGUAGACUUCUAGCAGUAAUUGAUCAACGUUUAUGUCAGGCUUUUCCACAAAACCAAAAUAUUUUAUUUGGAGGUUGCUUAGUAUUGUUUUUUGGUGACUUUGGCCAGUUGCCGCCAGUUUUAGACCUUCCUAUGUAUGUUUCAGAUUCUCGACCAAAUGAUUCUCUUUCAGAAGCAGAACAGCACAUAUUCUGUGACCUUCUUUUACGUUUACGAAAUGGACAAUCAACAGAAUAUGACUGGCAGUUACUUAAUAAUAGAAUUUAUUCAUUAGCACCUUUAGUAGCAAAAAAUGCUUUUGAAAAUGCAAUUCGAUUAUUUACAAAAUGGGAAAAAGUUCACGAAUACAAUUUGACGAAACUAAGACAACUCAAUUUGCCUGUUGCCAAGAUGAAGGCUGUACAUACUGGUCCAAAUGCUAGAAAAGCAUCUUCUGAUAUUACAAACGGCCUUGAACCGAUUUUAUUUUUAUCGAUUGGUCCAACACUGACUACAUCAAAUGGUUCGCAAGCAGUGCUGAUUUGCCCAAUUAGAUAUACAUGGGAAGGAAAAUCUGGAAUUUGUUCUCAUAUGCAAUUUCCAUUGUGCCUUGCUUGGGCAAUUACGAUUCACAAGUCGCAAGGUUUAACAUUAUCACGAACUGUAUUAGACAUUGGCAAUAAGGAAUUUGCUAUAGGUCUUACAUUCGUAGCUGUAUCAAGAGUCUGUACUCUUUCUGAUCUUCUUUUCAGUAGUACUUUUUCUUAUGAUAGAUUACAAAAAUUGGGAGAAAGUACACGUCUACAACAAAGAUUAGCUGAAGAGAAGAGAUUACUUUCUUUGUAA